AUGGAGUCAUACGUCAAUCAAUGCCACGUCUGUUCGAGGCCGUUUCCAACGCAGCAGCGGCUUCAACAGCAUAUUUGGCACUAUCAGACCGAAAUUGCGACACUGCUCGCGAAGUUGCAUGAACUCUUUGCCCAUCAAAGCCCGGAGCUCAAAACUACUGAGUCGCCGGACGACCGCGCUUCCCUCCUCCCAAUCGUCAACGCCGUUGCUACCAUCGAAUCCGAAAUUGAUACCUUGCCUCCGGCGCAGACGGAAGACGAAGAAAAGUCCCAAUCUCGGUUUCGAAGGGCAACCAACAAAAGUAACCCAUCGGACCAGCAGAGGGAAUUUGCAUGUCCGGAAUGUCCGGCCGGGUUUGCAAGGAAGCAAGAUCUCGAACGGCACUACACAACGCAUUACCAAUGCAAGGAGUUCUGCCAAUUCUGCUCGAACACAUUCACUACGGGACGCAAGUACGUAACCCAUAAGUGCGCAAAGGCCGGGCCUCUCACUCAGCGGACAUACGUCAAAAGGAGAUGCACCGCGUUGCUCGUCGAAGCCAAGCGGGAUCUAUACGCCAAGAAAAGCAAGAUGGAAUGUGUGACCGAGACAGCAAGCCAGAUCAAGAGGCGACCAAGCAAAGUUCCGGAUGUUGGCAAUGAGGAUGAAACCCAGUAUGAACCGCCUACACUUUCUUCAGAGGUGGAAGCGCUUGCCCCAGUGGAAGCAGAGAACCAUGGCCACUCCCGACAAACCGGCGCCGUCGCGUUUGACUCCGACCAUUCGGCCUUCGUCACUGCCGAUGACACGCAGUAUUCCCACUCCCCACCACUUCAUCCGCCCCUAUUCUGGCCAUUAGGAAUCAGUUGGCAAAGUCAAUUGCUAGAAUUUCCUAGCCCCUUGUGGUCUACGGUCUCCGUGGGCGCCGAGUCAACCUCGCUACCACCACGCCACGGUCCAGUCUCUAACCUUGGGUCGAUGUCGGACCAACUUCUCCAGAUGUCGACGGCGCAGGCGGAAAUGCAUGAUGAUGUAUCGUUCGAUUGCUUGUAA